GCUGUAAAAACGCAGCCAAGGUCUCUCCAUGGAAUUUGUCAUCGUGUUUACAGGGAAAUGUUUUGUAGGAAUACGUUAUCCAAGGUGCUGGAUUCCUCCCCUUCGGAAACCACCUCUGUGUCUCAUCGCAAAUGCCUUUGUUACAUCCGACUGGAACUUAAAUUGUAUAGGAAAGGAAAAUAAAGUGUAAAUUAAAAAAAAAAAUAAAUAAAAGAGGUAAGUUGGUAAGUUCGAGCAGUGGAAACAUCGCAGUUUCCUGGAUAACAAAGGACAGCAGGAAGGUGCAGGUCGGCUGCUGGCUGCCCUCUCCUCGGACUGGGAGGACACAUUCCCCUUCCUGCCCCUUUUGGUUUGGGUAUUUUCUUUCCCUUUGGGACUUGGCAGCUUCGGAGGGAGGGGGGAUUUUCCUGGCAGGCGCAGAGUAAGGCAGAGAAGGAGGGGCAGAGGCAGCGGGUUCCCUGGAAGCUGCUCCUUGGGAUGCCAGGCGCGCCUGGCACCGCGCACCCCGCGCGUUCCACACCCAGCCCCGCUCCCCACCAGCUCACGGCUUUCGUCAGAGCCUUCCCGGAGCUGAGCUGAGCUCAGCUGAGCUGGGCUGGCCGGGAGGGGCGGGCGGGGGCUCGGCGGAGCUCGGAGCAGCCCCGCGGGAGCGGCUCCGCUGCCCGGGCAGUGCCGGGGACCCGCGAUGGGCUCCGGCCGCCGCUGCCCGCUCCUGCUGCCGCUGCCGGUGCUGCUGGUGCUGCUGGUGCUGCUGGUGCUGCCCGCGGCGCGGGGGGACUGCGGGCCGCUGCCAAAUAUCAGCCACGCCGAGCCGCUGGGGGACACCAAACACCAGCCGAGCUUCAGCGUGGGCUCCACAGUGACCUUUGGCUGCAUCCCUGGUUACACCAAACUCCCUUUUUUCUCCGACACCAUCCAGUGCCUGCCGAACUCCCGCUGGUCCAGCCUGCCCGAGUUCUGCGGCCGCAGCUGUCCCAGACCCAGAUCUGUGUCAUUCGCUGCGAUAUCAGCAGAAGACAAAAUGCAGAAUUUUUACGCCGUUAACACCACGGUGAGGUACAUUUGUCGCCAAGGUUUUGAAAACACCACAGCCCAGCCCCCCACCAGCACCUGUUUGGACAACUUAACGUGGACAGAAGUUCCUCAACUGUGUCAGAAGAAAUCUUGUGGUAUUCCAGCCAAUCCAGAACAUGGCCAAGUUAUCCUAACAGAACAUCAGCUGGGUGCAACAGCCAGAGUGGUUUGUGACCGUGGGUACAGAUUGAAGGGAGAAUCACCUUCCAUCAAUUGUCUCCUACAGGGAGACAAAGCUGUCUGGAGUCCUCUGCCAGCUUGUCAGGUGAUUUCCUGCCCCCCUCCUCCAGCCAUCCCCCACGGGCAGCACAGUGGGAACAGCUCGGGGGAGUUCGUGCUGGGCUCUGUCGCAACCUACACGUGCGAGCCGGGGCUGGAGCUGGUGGGAGAGGACACGCUGCGCUGCACCGGGGACAGCGGGGACAGCACCGGGGACAGCACCGGGGACAGCACCGGGGACAGCGGCACCUGGAGCGGGGCCCCGCCCGCCUGCCGCGUUAAAACCACAGCAGAGACAAACCAAACCAAACCCUCAGAAGAGAAUCCUUACUGGCUGGCAAGCAUCCUCAUUCCCAGCUGCAUUGUUCCCCCAGUAGCCCUUGGAAUUCUAGCUGGGAUCAUCAUGAGACGGAAAGAGAGUGAAAAGCACUCUUAUAAUGUGAAUUUACAAAAGCAGGAGAUGAAGGGAAGGGAUGCAGCGAUGCAUCCAGAGGUCACAGAUGAGAAGAAGCACCCCAAGCCCUGGAAUUCCUAUUUUUGCCACACAGGGAAUUGCCACGUGUGCCCCAGCUGUGAGGAGCAGCUCCACGGUGACCUGGCCCCUCUCUCAGAGCCCCCACACCGCGGCUGUGCCGCCUGCCAGGGCUGGCUGAGCUCCCAAAAACCCCGCAGCUACUCCGUGCCCAGCGUUGGUGCUGGGGACAGCCAGAGCCCAGCAGGCACCAGCUCUCCUGCCAAAGCUGUGGAUGUGCCGAGGGCAGAUGGCACAGGAGAAGCUGCUCCGUGGUGGAGGGAGGCAGAGCAGCCCAUGGACCACCAAAGCGACCACAUCUGUCCCACCUGUGAGAGCUGGCUCCGUGCCCACGCUGGUGACAGCAGUGCUGUGACACCGGGGGAGUGCCAGGACAAGGGCCCCCAGGGCCCCGUGUGCCCCCCCUGCACGGACAGACAGCUCCUGUCCCUGGUCCACGGGGACACAGCCAGCAGCCCCGUGUGUCCCCUGGCCGGGGAGGGGACCCCGGCCCACCUGGUGCCUCUGCACAGCCCCGGCUGCCACCUCUGCCCCGUGUGCUCGGUGCCCACCCACGCUCACCUGUGCCAGCCCCAGCGCCUGGCACCCGACGGGAUGGUGCCCACCUUCACCCUCUGCCUGCUGGGCAGCUCCGCUCUGCUCCUCAGCACCACGCCCGGGGCUCAAGCUGCCUGGUGCCCGUUCCCCCGGGUGCCCUACGGGACCGUGUCCCCUCGUCGCUCUUCCUACUGGACACGGGACACCGUGAGUGUCACCUGCAACCCGGGCUACGCCCUGCAGGGCCCCGGCAGCAGCACCUGCGGGGCCGCCUCCAGGUGGGACCCCCCUCUGCCGCAGUGCAAAAAGGAGGUGACAUGUCCCCGGCCACCGAGCAUCGCCAAUGGGCUGCACAGCGGCCGCUCCAAGGACAGCUUUUCCCGGGGGGUGGCCGUGUCCUACAGCUGCACGGAGGGCUUCGAGCUGCUCGGCAACGCGACCAUCACCUGCACGGACUCGGGGCUCUGGAGCCGGCCCCUGCCCCGCUGUCAAGCGAUCGGCUGCCAGGUACCCGAGGUGCAGAACGGCAAGGUCCACAACGUGCAGAGCAGCUACAGAGCUGGGGACACUCUGCACUUUGAUUGUCACCCUGGUUAUGCAGCAGAGGACUCCGAUGAGGCUCGGUGCCAGCCCGGGGGCAUCUGGGACCCGCCGGAGCUCGUGUGCCAGAGGGUCCGGCCGUGCCCGAUGCCUCCCGAGGUCGCCAAUGGCAAUCACAACGGCCGGAACACAGCAGGAUUCACCAUGGGAAUGUCAGUGAGGUACAGCUGCAAUCCUGGCUAUUACCUGGUUGGAAAUGCCGCCGUGUCCUGCAGAGCAUCGGGGAACUGGAGCCAGCCCCUCCCUCGCUGCCAGGAGGUGACAUGUCCCCGGCCACCGAGCAUCGCCAAUGGGCUGCACAGCGGCCGCUCCAAGGACAGCUUUUCCCGGGGGGUGGCCGUGUCCUACAGCUGCACGGAGGGCUUCGAGCUGCUCGGCAACGCGACCAUCACCUGCACGGACUCGGGGCUCUGGAGCCGGCCCCUGCCCCGCUGUCAAGCGAUCGGCUGCCAGGUACCCGAGGUGCAGAACGGGAAGGUCCACAACGUGCAGAGCAGCUACAGAGCUGGGGACACUCUGCACUUUGGCUGUGAUGCUGGUUACACCACAGAGGACUCCGAUGAGGCUCGGUGCCAACCCGGGGGCAUCUGGGACCCGCCGGAGCUCGUGUGCCAGAGGGUCCGGCCGUGCCCGAUGCCUCCCGAGGUCGCCAAUGGCAAUCACAACGGCCAGGACAAAGCGUUUUUUACGGCUGGGAUGUCAGUGAGGUACAGCUGCAACCCUGGCUAUUACCUGGUUGGAAAUGCCGCCGUGUCCUGCAGAGCAUCGGGGAACUGGAGCCAGCCCCUCCCUCGCUGUGAAGGGACUGUCUGCAUCAAUCCAAUCGUAGCCAACGGAAGGCAAGUUGGUGGCCACGGGCUCCUCUCUGCCCCCGGGCAAACGGUGACAUUCCGGUGCCACGAUGGUUACAGCCUGCAGGGCAGUGCCAGCGUGUCCUGCCAGGAGGAUGGCAGCUGGCAGCCCCCUGCUCCUGAGUGCGACAGAGCACUGCCCUACCACAGCUCCUUCAGCAGGUCUCCAGGUGCUUGUGGUGCUCCCACAAGGUUACAGUUUGCUGAGCUAAAUGAGGAGCAUAGAAAUGCCAUUGAUUUUCCUGUUGGGAAGACUGUGCAAUACACUUGCCUCCCUGGAUAUGCCAAAGUCCCAGGAAUGUCAGCUACUAGGACAUGCCUUGAGAGUGGAGUGUGGUCAGAAGCUCUAGAGUUCUGUAAAAGGAAACAGUGCAGUCACCCAGGCGAGCCUGUGAAUGGCAAGAUUAUUUCCCUGACAAAUCUCCAGCUUGGGUCCACAGUGGUUUACAGCUGUGAGGAAGGGCACAGGUUAAUUGGACAGUCCAGCAGACGCUGUGAGAUCUCUGGGGGACGUGUUGCAUGGACUGGCCACAUUCCCCUCUGCCAGCGCAUCCCUUGCGAGCCACCCCCGGACAUCCCCCGCGGGCAGCACUCGGGCCGGCUGCUGAGCGAGUUCCUGUACGGCACGGCCGUCACCUACACCUGCAGCCGCGGCCAUCCCCUGCACGGGGACCCCUCCAUCCACUGCACCACCCGCGACGGCCACAACGGCGUCUGGAGCGAGCCCCUCCCCGCCUGCGGAGAGGCGAAUUGUCCUGUGCCGCAGAUCCAGCACGGGAGGAUCGUGGCUGCCAGGUCUGCCUACGCACACAGGGACACCGUGACCUUCGAGUGUGACCCAGGCUAUGCCAUUCGUGGCCACAGAGAGAGCCAGUGCCAGCCAAACAACACCUGGGAGCCGCCGGUGCCCGUCUGCGAGCAGGCUGGCUGCAGAGCCCCUGCCAGGCCGGGCUUUGCCGAGCUGAAGGAGCCCUACAGGAACCAGACGCUGUUUCCCGAGGGGAGCAGGGUGGAAUUCGUGUGCCAGCCUGGCUACAGCCAGCUCCUGGGGGUCUCACCAGCCAUCACCUGCCUCAGCAACCAGACGUGGUCUGCAGUGCUGGAGUUCUGUGAAAGGAAGCAGUGCCCCAGCCCAGGGAAGCCAGAGAACGGCAGAGCCGUUGUCCUGACAGAUCUCCUCCUCGGGUCCAAAAUCAACUACACUUGUGACAAAGGGUACAAGCUGGUGGGAGGCUCCCAGAGAAUUUGUGAGGUCUCUGGCACACAUGUCUCAUGGAGUGGGGAUCCUCCUGUCUGCCAGCGCGUCACCUGCGCCGCCCCUCCGGCCAUCCCCCGGGGGACACACAGCGGGGGCUCCAGGGACACCUUCUCCCUCGGGGACGUGGUCACCUACAGCUGUGCCUCGGGGCUGGCCCCAGCUGGAGACGCCUCCCUGACCUGCAGCUCUGCGGACGGGGAGCAUGGCACGUGGAGCGGGGCAGUGCCACGCUGCCAAGAGGUGAGGUGCCCUGCCCCUCCGAGCAUUGCCAACGGGCAGCACAGUGCCAGCCCCGGGGCCUGGCACAGCCCGGGCUCCGUGGUGCUCUACACCUGCGCCGAGGGCUACUCCCUGCUGGGCAACGCCUCCAUCCGCUGCACGGCCAGGGGCACCUGGAGCCGGCCCCAGCCCCGCUGCCGAGUGCCGCCGUGUCCUUCCCCUCCCAUUAUCAGAAAUGGCCAGCACGACAGCAAGGGGGUGGCAGAGUUCAUCCCUGGCAUGGCAGUGAAGUACCACUGUGACCCGGGCUACGUCCUCACCGGGAAAACCACAAUUUCCUGCUUGCCAUCGGGAGUCUGGAGCAUCCCCUACCCCCGGUGUGAAGCGAUCACCUGCAGCAGCCCCAGCGUCAAGGACGGAGAGGUGGCCGAGGGCCGGAGGGCUGUGUACCACCCUGGGGACAACGUCACCUUCCAGUGCCACCCAGGCUUCGUGCUGAGGGGCAGCCGUGGGGCCACGUGCCAGCCCGACAGCCGCUGGGUGCCUGCUGUGCCCACCUGCCAGCCAGUGCGGCUGUGCCCUCCGCCCCCCGUCAUCGCCCACGCCACGCUCAGUGCCCAGCCGGGGAUGAACUUCACCAGUGGCACCUCCGUGAGCUACAGCUGCCAGCCCGGCUUCUCCCUGCUCGGGGACCCCUCCGUGCUGUGCACGGCCUGGGGCAACUGGAGCCUUCCCUACCCUCGCUGUGCAGCCGGUUGUGGCACACCGACACCGUUGCUAUUUGCUGAGCUAAGUGAGCAAUAUGAAAAUCAGACUGAGUUUCCUGUUGGGAUGUCUGUGAACUACACUUGUCGGCCUGGAUACGUGCAACAGCCACAGAUAUCACCAACUAUCACAUGUCUUGAAAAUCUAAUGUGGUCUGAAGCCCAGGAGUUUUGCAAAAUGCUGCAAUGCCCUCCACCUCCAAAUAUUGCCAAAGGAAGCCACGACAGGCAGGACUUGGAGGUUUUUCCUGCUGGGCUGGUUGUGAACUACAGCUGUGACCCUGGCUACAGCCUGCGGGGAGAGGCGUCCAUCUACUGCACCAGCUCUGGCAACUGGAGCCUCCCUCUCCCUCAGUGUGCAGGUGGCUGUGGUGCACCUCCAAACCUCACCUUUGCUGAGCUAACCAGGGAAUACAAAAAUCAGCUGGAAUUUGCUGUUGGGGACACUGUGAGCUACAGCUGCCGGCCAGGAUACUCGAGACGCCCCGGAGCGCCCCAAACUCUGACUUGCCUCCAAAACCACACGUGGUCUGAAGCCCUAGAGUUCUGUAAAAGGAAGCAGUGUAGACACCCAGAACCCCCCAGGAAUGGCAGAGUUGUUGUUCUGACAGAUCUCCUUUUUGGGUCAACCGUGAGCCACACGUGUGACGAAGGGUACAGACUGGUUGGACAGUCCCACAGGAGAUGUGAGAUUUUGGGACGACACGUUGCCUGGACUGGUCUGCCUCCCAUCUGUCAGAGGGUGGUGUGCCCAGCCCCACAGAUCCCCAGCGGGAGGGUGGCUGUCCCCAAGCCCCGCUACACCUACGGGGACUCUGUCACCUUCAAGUGCCACCGAGGCUUCACCCUGCGAGGCCACCGCAGGUCCCAGUGCCGAGGGGACAGGAGGUGGCACCCGCCUGUUCCUGUGUGUGAGCAGGAUGGACUGUCAGAACGUUAUCACCACCCUGACACCACAACAAAGCCAGUGCUGCACUGCUCCAAGCCUGCAGACAUCACCCACGGGUCUUUCCGUGGCCCAGCAAAAGCAGCUUUUACUGUGGGAACAUCUGUAAACUACAUCUGUGAGCCUGGCUUCUCCCUCCUGGGGACAGCAUCCAUUUAUUGCACAGCAUCUGGAGCCUGGAGCCAUCCCCCUCCCGUAUGUCAAGCUGUGAAGUGCCAGCAGCCUCCAAACAUCACCAACGGGAGGCCGAAAGGCAACAGCUCUGCCACCUUUCCCCCCGGAGCCGCCGUGUCCUACAGCUGCGAUCCUGGCUACUCACUGCUUGGGAACGCUUUCAUCAACUGCACGGGGUCGGGCUCCUGGAGCCAGCCCCUCCCGCAGUGCAAAGAGAUCAGAUGUGAAUUCCCGGAUGUCCAAGGUGUUAAAAAAGCCAUUAAAGGAAAUACUUAUCGCUCUGGCACUAACAUCACUCUUGAGUGUGACGAUGGUUACGUGCUGGAAGGCAUCAGUCACACCCAGUGCCAAGAGGAUUUCAGCUGGGACCCUCCCGUGCCUGCCUGUAAACUGACGUCCCCCAAGCCCGGGUCACUAGGCCUAGGUAAGCAGCUUACAAACAUUUUUGUCCCCAGCUCAGUGGCUCAGUGGCACAGCCUCCCUCUGCUUACUCAGCAGAUACACCCUGUUGUGCAUUUCAUGUACUUUACACACACAGUGAGAAUAACCCGGGUUCUUCUCCCUCAGGAGUGGCAGCUGCAGCAGUUCUGCUGCUCCUGGGGGCAGGUGUUGUCUGGAAAAUAAUUUCCAAGCAGAAGGAAGGCUAUUAUCACACGUAUGAAAACUAUAAUUACAGAACCCCCCUGAACCCAGACACUGAACACAAAGGCUCGUGUCUGCCAUAGGAGGCUGGAAAGAGAUCUCAUCCCUGCUGCUGCUCACCAGGCACCCGGCUCGUUCCCUGCAGUGAGGAAGCACCGCUCACGUGGAGACUGGAA